AUGGCCAUUGCGGCCACGCUGCCCAAGCACUGCGAGGUGACCAUCGUGGCGCGCAACCUCCCCGGCGAUCCAGACAACAUAGAAUGGGCCAGUCCAUGGGCCGGUGCCUGCUGGGUAGCGGAGGAGGGAUCAACCCCCUCGGAGCAGACGAUGCAGCUCGACGCGCUGGCGUACUGGCUCCAUCUGGCCGAGCGGUUCCCCGCGUCGAGUGUCAAGAAGACGGUGGUCUACGAUGUUUUUGACUAUGCAUCCCUGGAGGACAUCUGGUACAGAGACAGGGUGCCUGACUUUAGGGUCAUGGACAAAGGGGAGCUCCCACCGGGGGCCAAGUUGGGCGUCUCCUACACAACCAUCAUCUUGACGCCGUCCAUCCUCCUGCCGUGGCUGCGCAAGCGUCUUGAGGCGAAGGGCGUCACGUUCGAGAGGGCGACUGUCCGCUCACUCGCUGAUCUCAAGGGCAUGGGGCACGAUGUGCUCAUCAACGCCAGCGGCAGUGGACCGAUGUAUCUGAAAGAUGUCCAGGACCACACCAUGAGCCCCGUGCGCGGGCAGACGGUGCUGGUGCGAAGCAACUUUGACGAGCUGUGGAUCCGGCGAGGCGAGGCCUACACAUAUCACCUCGCACGGGGGGACGGGACGGCUGUUCUCGGUGGCAUCAAGGACACGGGGAGCACGGAUCCUCGCGCCAGCGAGGCGACGAGACAAGAUAUCGUACGUCGCAUAAGCGAGAACCUGCCGCAGCACUUCCCGUCUUCCGACGUCAAGGACUUGGAGAUCAUCCGAGACCUCGUCGGCGUCCGGCCGUAUAGGAAGACCGUGAGGCUCGAGGAGGAGGAGCUGGGCGGCCAGUGCGUGAUCCACGCGUAUGGGACGGGCAGCGGUGGCUAUGCCUUCAGCUGGGGCCUGGCGAGGCAGGCAGUCGACUUGGUGAACAGGCGUCUCCUUGCGCUCCCAAAGUCCCUGUCGUCAAAGCUUUGA